ACAGACGGAUUGGCUUUUUCUGCUGUGAGAAACAUAAGAAGCAGGAUUUUGGUCACCGCUUGUAUUGGGCCAGCUACAAGUUGGAAGAAAAAUUAGACCAGCUUUCCAUCACAAAGUGCCUUUCCUCCAGCUUGGAGAAGAAGCAGACACAGCCCAAGCUAAGUGCUUGGUAGGACAGUGACUUCUAGUUAACCCCAGUAAGAAAGAAAUGGUCCUGUAAGGAUGGAAGUGGGCAAUAACCCUUUAGGACAGAGAAGAUUCAGACGUGGUUAUGGACCAAGCAGAGAGCGGUCGCUGUAGAUCAACCAAAUGAUCUAGAAGAUCAAGGCAGACAAGUUUCUUUGGGUCAAUCUCAUAUCUUUUAUUAGACCAACUCAGAUUGUUGGGAAAAUUCUUCUUUGCGAGCUUUCGGGUAUAAAUACCCUUCGUCAGGCUGAGGAAGCGUCUGCAGUUCGAAAGGGGAGAGGGGUGCUCUUUCCUGUGGAGCCCAGACAGGUUGGCAGCAGGGGUAGGUAAAUGGUAACGAGCCAUAAAUCCACUCUGGUACAUCCAUGGUUGCUUAGUGUCCAGUAAAGUUGUGACUUUUUCUUCCCAGGCCUGUCUUCUGCAAGUAUUGUAAAAGCAUCCCUUGAAGAUAUAGAUCGUGAUGUCGGGGAUGGAGCGGCUGUUCUGAGAUGUGUGUCCCACCCCGGCUGACUGGAUGUGCUUUCACCAAGAGGUCAUUUUGAGUGUAGCGGUUUCUAGUUCCUCAUACUGCACCGGAUGAGGUGGAUCAUGUUUUGUGGCACGCAAAAAUGUUGGUGACCAAAACUUACUACCUCGCCCUUGAGAGGUGAGAAGGGAGGUAUGGCAGGGACUUUUGGAGAGCCCUGUCCAACUAACAGAGGAACCGGGGAGAACCGAUAUCGUGGAGAGACGGAGCGGGAGAGUCUUGCUGAAGAACUGAGAGGUGAUGGUGUGGAGGAGCCAGAAGCCAGCUUUGAUGGUGAUGGUGAAGGUGUUGGUGAUGGUGUGGAGGACCCAGAAGACAGCCUUGAUGGUGAAGGUGAUGGUGAUGGUGUGGAGGAGCCAGAAGCCAGCUUUGAUGGUGAAGGUAAAGGUGAUGGUGAUGGUAUGGAAGAGCCAGAAGCCAGCUUUCGUGGUGAUGGUGAAGGUGAUAGUGAUGGUGUGAAGGAGCCAGAAACCAACAUGCAGGCAGCCAGCUUCAUGGCACGUUUGGGCUCCCAAGUGGAAAUGUUCCACAAGAACGGAAACCACCUUCGGCCAAGCCAUGGCAAAGACGGACAGGGAAGUGGCGUGUUUUUGGACCUCCCCAUGGCUCGGGGAGGACUUCCGAGUAGCUCCCAGGUUGCUGCUCCCACAUUGAGUGACCUGCAUUUAAAUGGGAAGUGUGGAGAGCGAGCCAGACGCCACCCGCUCGAGGUGGGAGGCCCGAGGCAUUUGUGCGGUCAGGGAAAGCCACAGCCUGAGCCUACGCUGGUGGGAAAAUGUUCUUCUGGAAGGGGGCGUUUUCAGAUGAUGCAGUUAAUUGAAACCAAACUGUUCGUGUGUCUGUAG